AUGGAGAUGACCAGUAUAUAUACCGAAGUGGGCAGAGACGUCACAAUAACGGCUCAGACAGCUUUCCACGCUAGCAUGCCAAUAUCAGACUUGUUUUGGUCCAUUAAUUCUUCAUGCUUUAAGGAGUCGCCUACAGGGUAUGGGUCAACACCACUUCAACACAGCAGAGGUACAGGACCGUGCCACGGUCUGUCUUGUCGGUUGAUCUAUGGUGCCUCCUAG